AUGAGGGCAUCGGGUUGUAUUGUGGUAGUGUCGGAUGAUACAAUUGACGAGUAUGGUUGUACCGAGGUGGCACUAGAUCUUUCCGUUAUAAUGGCGGCUCAUAUUGUGGAAGGAGUGGAGGAGCUUACGAGGAACCCAAGAGUGAUGAAGAAAGUACAAGUUGAGAUUAGAGAUUUAAUCGUAAACAAAGGAGAAGUCAAGGAAAAUGAUGUUGAAAAACUUGAAUACUUGAACAUGGUGGUGAAAGAGACCUGGAGACUUCAUCCACCAGGUCCACUUCUAGCUCUAAGAGAGGUCAUGUCCGAAUUUGAGGUCAACGGUUACAAGAUAUACCCAAAGACCAGAAUCCAUGUUAACGGAUGGGCCAUCAGAUGA